AUGUCAGCUGACCGUUCCCAAGUUUUUGGUGUUGCCAGAAUUUUCGCUUCAUUCAACGAUACUUUCGUCCAUGUUACUGAUUUGUCCGGUAAGGAAACCAUCUCCAGAGUCACUGGUGGUAUGAAAGUCAAGGCUGACAGAGAUGAAUCAUCUCCAUACGCCGCUAUGUUGGCUGCCCAAGAUGUUGCUGCCAAAUGUAAAGAAGUUGGUAUUACUGCUGUUCAUAUCAAAUUGAGAGCUACUGGUGGUACCAAGACCAAAACCCCAGGUCCAGGUGGUCAAUCAGCUUUAAGAGCUUUGGCUAGAUCCGGUUUGAGAAUUGGAAGAAUCGAAGAUGUUACUCCAGUUCCAUCAGAUUCUACUAGAAGAAAGGGUGGUAGAAGAGGUAGAAGAUUAUAA